AUGUCGAUUUCGCCGAGCCUGGGGCACCGGCCUCAAAAUGUUGCGGACCUCGAUGGGGAUGAGUACGUCAUCAGCGGUGAGAAGUGCAUGGCAUACCAACUCGUGGACGCUGCUCCGGCAGAGGAUGUCAGAGGGCAGUCGGCAAUCAUCAUUGUCACAAGAGAUGACAUUGCCGCCAACAGGCUUGAUGCAUAUUCGGUUGUAUCUCACCCCGAAACGCUUGGUCACAAGGUGGUCAAUGGCUCACAUAUCCGUUCCAGCAAAUUGGUGUGCCCAAAAUCCAACCUGCCGGCUCCUCCAGGAAAAGGCGCCGACGUGGUCGAGAUGACCUUCACCGCGUCGGCAGUUCUAGUGUGGGCAAUUAGACUGGGUAUCAUGCGGCAGAGUUCCGACCGUGCUUUGGCCUGGGCUAAGCACAAGACGCGUAGAUCUAAAGAGGGCGUGAUUCAAAAGCAAAGUGUGGCAGAUCUGCUGAUCAGGAUCAAAACUCGAUGCGAGGCCUCUCGAGCGCUUGUUGGAAAGCCGCCCACUGCCUUGGCCGGAUCAAGUGCGGAGCAGAAUUGA